AUGACCUCCCAAGUGUGUCAGAACUACCACAAGGACUGUGAGGAUGCUGUUAACAAGCAGAUCAACCUGGAGCUCUAUUCCUCCUAUGUUUACCUCUCCAUGUCCUCUUACUUUGACCGGGAUGAUGUUGCCCUGCAUCACUUUGCUGAGUUCUUCAAGGAGCAGUCCCAUGAGGAAUGGGAACAUGCUGAGAAACUGAUGGCAUUCCAGAAUAAACGUGGAGGCCGAGUCCUCCUGCAGGAUGUCAAGAAGCCAGAGCAGGAUGAGUGGGGCAAUGGUCUGGAGGCAAUGCAGAGAGCUCUGCAGAUGGAGAAGGAUGUGAACCAGAGUCUGCUGGAUCUGCACAAACUCUCCUCUGGGCACAUGGACCCUCAUCUGUGUGACUUCCUGGAGAGGCACUACUUGGAUGAGCAAGUGAAGAUGAUCAAGAAGCUGGGAGAUCACAUCACCAACCUGAAGAGACUGGGAGCCCCUGAGAAUGGCCUGGGAGAGUACCUGUUUGACAGGCUCACCCUGGGGGAAGAGUGA